CUGAGGCUGAGGCUGAGGCGGCGGCUGGGGAAGGGGCUGAGGGCGCCGAGCCUGCGGCGGCCGCCGGAACGCGGGCGCGGGCAUUCCUGGCAUCGUGAGGAGCGGGCAGGCUCGCAUGGCGGGGCCGCGCGGAGCCGCCGGUUGAGCUCGGCGACGCCGCCGCCUCCUCGUUCUCCUCCUCCUCCUCCUCCUCCAGGCGCGAUGUCGAAUCCCGGUACCCGCCGGAACGGAUCCAGCAUCAAGAUCCGCCUCACAGUAUUAUGUGCCAAGAAUCUCGCAAAGAAAGAUUUCUUCAGACUUCCUGACCCAUUUGCUAAAAUAGUUGUGGAUGGGUCAGGUCAGUGCCAUUCCACUGACACUGUGAAGAACACGUUGGACCCCAAGUGGAACCAGCAUUAUGAUCUAUACGUUGGGAAAACAGAUUCCAUAACCAUCAGUGUAUGGAACCAUAAAAAAAUCCAUAAGAAACAGGGAGCUGGCUUCCUGGGGUGUGUCCGACUCCUCUCCAAUGCCAUCAGCAGGCUAAAAGAUACUGGAUACCAGCGUUUGGAUCUAUGCAAACUCAACCCCACAGACACCGAUGCUGUCCGAGGCCAAAUAGUGGUCAGUUUACAAACACGGGACAGAAUAGGCACAGGAGGUUCUGUAGUAGACUGCAGAGGGCUUUUGGAGAAUGAAGGUUUCCCCAUUUUCAGAACGGUUUAUGAAGACUCCGGCCCGGGGAGGCCGCUGAGCUGCUUCAUGGAGGAGCCGGCGCCGUACACGGACACGACGGGAGCGGCCGGAGGGGGCGGCUGCCGCUUCCUCGAGUCCCCCAGCCAGGAGCAGAGGCUGCAGGCCCAGCGCCUGCGCACCCCCGAGCUCAGAGCUCACGUGCAGACACCUCAGAACAGGCCCCACGGCCACCAGUCACCUGAGCUGCCUGAGGGCUACGAGCAAAGAACAACGGUACAGGGACAGGUUUAUUUUUUGCACACACAGACUGGAGUGAGCACGUGGCACGACCCAAGGAUACCAAGAGACCUUAACAGUGUGAAUUGUGAUGAACUGGGACCUUUGCCUCCAGGCUGGGAAGUCAGAAGUACAGUUUCAGGAAGAAUAUAUUUUGUAGAUCAUAACAACAGAACCACACAAUUCACAGAUCCACGACUACAUCACAUCAUGAACCAUCAAUGCCAGCUAAAAGAGCCCAGCCAGCAGCCUCUACCAGCUCCAAAUGAGGGGUCACUGGAAGAGGGUGAGGAGUUGCCUGCACAGAGAUAUGAAAGAGACUUGGUACAAAAGUUGAAAGUUCUUAGACAUGAGCUCUCUCUUCAGCAACCUCAGGCUGGUCACUGUCGCAUUGAAGUAUCCAGAGAGGAAAUAUUUGAGGAAUCCUAUCGUCAGAUAAUGAAGAUGAGGCCAAAGGACUUGAAAAAGAGGCUUAUGGUGAAAUUCCGAGGAGAGGAGGGCCUGGACUAUGGAGGAGUAGCAAGAGAGUGGUUGUAUUUACUGUGCCAUGAAAUGUUGAAUCCCUACUAUGGACUCUUCCAGUACUCCACAGAUAAUAUUUACAUGCUGCAAAUCAAUCCAGACUCUUCUAUCAAUCCUGACCAUUUGUCUUAUUUCCAUUUUGUUGGUCGGAUAAUGGGUUUGGCUGUGUUCCAUGGACACUAUAUCAACGGGGGGUUCACAGUUCCCUUUUACAAGCAGCUGCUGGGGAAGCCCAUCCAGCUCUCCGACCUGGAAUCUGUUGACCCAGAAUUACACAAAAGUUUAGUCUGGAUCUUAGAGAACGAUAUCACACCAGUCCUGGACCACACGUUCUGUGUGGAGCACAACGCCUUCGGGAGGAUUUUACAGCAUGAACUCAAACCAAAUGGCAGGAAUAUUCCAGUGACAGAAGAGAACAAGAAGGAAUAUGUCAGGUUGUACGUGAACUGGCGGUUCAUGAGAGGAAUAGAGGCACAGUUCCUGGCUCUGCAGAAAGGUUUUAAUGAACUUAUUCCUCAACAUCUCCUUAAGCCUUUUGACCAGAAAGAACUUGAGCUGAUCAUAGGAGGCCUGGAUAAGAUAGACCUGAAUGACUGGAAGUCCAACACACGCCUAAAGCACUGCAUGGCUGACAGCAACAUUGUCAAGUGGUUCUGGCAAGCAGUGGAAACGUUUGAUGAGGAAAGAAGGGCAAGGCUGCUGCAGUUCGUGACGGGCUCGACGCGUGUCCCACUUCAAGGUUUCAAGGCUUUACAAGGUUCUACAGGCGCUGCAGGACCCAGACUGUUUACCAUCCAUUUAAUAGAUGCAAACACAGACAACCUUCCAAAAGCUCACACUUGCUUUAACCGGAUCGACAUUCCGCCUUAUGAGUCAUACGAGAAGCUUUAUGAGAAGCUGUUGACAGCUGUGGAAGAGACGUGUGGGUUUGCUGUGGAAUGAAAAAGCAACCAAAGGAAACAGAUGCUAGCUCAUGGACCACCAAAUCAAAAGCUAGAAGAAGCUUGCUGUGAACUUCCUGCUAAGCUGUCUGAAACAUCUGAACUCUGACAACUUAGAGAUGAGGCUGUUUCCCUUAGGUCGCUGGUGGAUUUGGGGGGGAGGGUCGGGGCUUUUCUUGGUGGUUCCCAACUCUAUUUUCUCCCCUUUGUUACAAUAACCCCUUCCCUCUUCUUCUAUCCUCCCUGAAAUGAAACGCAGCCAAAUUCAGCAUUUGGCUUUGGUUACACAGGAUAUUCUGCUAGAUUUGUAACACAUAUUGUGAUAGGGUCAGCGACCUGUGGGACUUUUUUAAUAGGAGAAUCAAAGUGUAUUUGAGAAUGAGUUUAAUUUGCUGAGGACUUGAAACUGGUAGGUGCACCUGGUUAGUCUGUUUUAAAUCAAGGUUGAGCCUUUGUAGAAUCCAGCAGGUGCAGAGUGUCUGACUGGCACCAGAAUUUGCGUUGCACAUUUUAAACAUCUGUUUAAAAAGUAAACUUCUGGCAGAAAAUACCUCCAUAUGAACACUUAACUGAAAGGUAAAGAAAUCCAAGUUCUGCCUUAGCAGGAAGCUCCCAGUGGAAGCUGUGGCUCACCUUAAGAAAAGUGAAGGAAUCUGGGACAGCUUAAAUGGUAUUGUAUGAUUUCUUUUUGGUUGUCCUGGCUGAAAUCUAAUUGUUUUGCACGUGAAAACAAUUCUUUCCUCCAGCAGAAUUACUUUCCAUCGUUUGUUCAGAUGUAAGUACCUUGCAGAGAAGCUUUGUGAGGAUGAGACAGAGGAUAAAGAUCCAUUCAAUCCCAAAGCUGUGAUUUCUGUGCCACUGUUUUACCCAAGACGUGUUUGUGUGACUUUAAAUUCUAAGACUCACAUGGAAAUCACUAAAAGUCAAGUUAACAGAACAAACUCCUGCUUCAAAUUUUUUGGCCUUGGGAAAGGUUUAUUUGGAGAUUGAGGUGAAAGGGGAACUGUAUAGUGAAUACAUUCUAAAUGUUACAGAAAGCUAUUGGAACAAUUUAUGACUUCAGUUAUGUAGGGAUGAAAAUUUCUCCAGAGAGCCAUAAGGCUAUUUUUUCCAAUAUCUGAAACUAAUAUUAAAAGGUUUGUUCUCUAACACAGGGGAAACAAAAGCAAAUCCAAUACCUGAGUGUCUUGAUUUGAAACACAGGCGUCUGCUAAGGAAGGCAGGAGCCUCCCUUGUAAUAGAAAAUGUAAACCCCUUGCCUCCAAAUUAUUAUAAUUUUAAAAUUAAGGGGCUUUCAGGCAAAGAUAUGAGAAAUAGGAAUAAUGGCUCUUUACUAGUAUAUAUAACAAGGCAAUAAUACAGAAACACUGGCUUAAAGUGACAGAGUCAGGCUAGGAGCUGACACCCUGUUGGUCAGGGUGGUGGUGGCAGCCCAAGUUAGUGGUGGCUGCAGUCCUGAUGAAGUGAUAAAUGUGGUUCUCUUGAGGCAGUGAUCCUGUAGAAGGGUCUGGUCUUCCUCUGAAGGUCUCCAGUGGUGGUUAUGUAGCUCUUGUCCUCUGGGAAUGCAUUAGGUAAAGGCUGUGCUGUUCCAAAUCUCAGAUUCUGUCCAGGUAGGAAUGCUUGGUUCCUCCCCUGGGUGGAGCAUCUCACCAUGGGUGAUGUGAUUUUGUCAGUCAUGCAUUGAGGCUCCGUGGGCCAUUAACAGAAGAUAAUUCCCCCAGAGGGGGUUAUCAGGGAUGUGUCAUGGAAGAGAUAAAGAGCACUGCCCCACUUGGUUUUAACAGAUUGUGAUGGACUACAUACUUUUGGUUACAUCUUACAUUGUAACCUAAGACACUGAAUCACUAACAUUUUUCCAUUUGGCACAUCAAGAUGAGACAGUAUUUUAACAAAUAACAUGGCUUCAGAGAGACCCAGUUAUCUAUCAAACAUGUCUAAACUUAAGCAGGCUUGCUUGUAUAGGAUUUUUUUUUUUGGCAAGCCUGAUUUUUAGAGAGAUUCAUGACUGAACCACUUAACAGAUGUUACAUUAAUGGAAUAGUGCAUUGAAAUUCAGCUGUGGGUAAGAGACUGUCCUUAGGAGAUGUCUACUGGAAUACUUCUAUUUUGUUUUUUUAUUUAAUUGCAUUUGGUAAUAGCUUUAAACUGUGAUAAGACAGAAAGUAGACACUUGUCAAAACCUGGCAUCUUUCUCUGUUUUGUUUGUUUGUGGUUUUCUUUUUGCCAUUGACCAUAAUUCUUGUGAUUUGUUGUCGGGAGUCGCAUGGGAGGUGUAAAAUUGUACCAUAGUGUGAGAUUUGCACAGGGUGGCUAAAGAUGCUCAUCCUGCAGGACUGUACAGGAGAGGCAUGUUCAGCCCCCUGUUCUGUAGGGAUCUUUUGGCACUUGGAGACCAGUUUCUGCAUUUCUGGUUGUUGGGAUGUGCAACAGUUGGCAGACAGCAUCUCUGCAGUCCCAGGCUGAGUAGCAGAGUCCCCACAACCCUGGAUUUUCCAAAUUGCUUUGAAGUCAAACCUGUUCAUAGAGUGUAUUUAAUCCUUUCAGUACGUUUGAAUGUGCAAUAAACCAGUCAGAUAGGAAAAAUGCAAAAUGGAUUAUUGCCCAAAAGCUUUGCAUGCAGUCUCAUGUGGAUUUUUCACUAAAGAAAAUGUAAAAAAACCCCAAAACCCCAGAUACUAAAGCCCACCCCUAAUAGAAAUCCUGUCACACCUGCAGCACAACUGGCUCAGUACAAACCAAGUGAGGUGAAGGGAAAGGCCCCUGAUUUGGAGAUCUGUAGGUCAAAUAGCUUUAUGUCAACGACCCAGUUGACGUAAGAUAGUUCCUAAUGUCUUUGCUAGGUCAGUGUUUUAUUGAAUGCACAAAAUAAGAAUAGGCAAGGAUUGUUGUUUGGAAAAGUCUCUGUUUUUUGCUGUAUUUAAAAGCCCUUGUCAAGGUACCUCCUCCGUGCUGACAGUAACAAGAAUAGGGCACUGUCUUUUAAAUUAUUUCAGUUCUCUUUUCAACAGCUUCACCACCUCUCCCGCCGUGUUGUCUUUGCAAUUUUGUGCCACUUCAGUGACAACAGAGACAUUUUUUGUCUUGUUCUGUACGUGCAUUUGAGGCAGGCCUUAAAGCUGGUUGGGUGGAUGGAAGAACAGCAAGAAGUGAGGCAGAAUGGCUUUGGAGCCAUGGGCUGUUCUUCCAAGGCCAGGGAAGGACAAAAUGCCAACAGGAGUUGGCUUGAGCCAGUGGCUCUCAGAGGUCUGGGAUAACCUCAGCUGUCUGAAUUUGUGUGUCCAUUCCCACUCGCUCUGCCAGCACUUGAACUUGGUUGUUAUUCUCAAACUUGCCCAAAGAAAACCAUGGAGUCCCGUGUUGGUGUUGCCAUUCCACGUUCCAGCGCUGAAACUCUUGGGUGUGACCCGAAGGGAAGACGAGGCACAGCGUGGGUGUCGCUGCUGUGCCACACAAACCCCUCUGCUGCAGCAGCCCUGCCCUGGCGCUGCUCCUCAGCCUCUACUCUACGCUCAGGGAUGUAGGAAACCACCACUCUGCUCGUGUGCUCCAGCAGGAAGCAAGCAGACUGUUGGAUGGAUGGGUGUGAGUGUUCUCUUGGGCAUUAUGUUAGACAAGACCCUGCUCCAAAAAGGCUGCUCCAAGCUCCAGGCGGUGCCAUCAGCUCAGCAGUUUGUCCUCAGUUCAAGUGGAGGUGGUUGUAAAAUCCAACAGGUUUUGUAAAUUACUGAUCCAGCCACCAGGCCCUCUCGAGCCAGUGCCCAGGUUCAGGGCUGUGUGGCACAGCAAAUUCCCAGAAACACAGUAUGGAUCUGGUUUUAAUCUGUUAAUUUUUUUUUGUUGUUGUUAUUGUUGUUGUUGUUCCUCAACCACUUUAUAAUGUAUUUUUUUAAUUUAUUAUUUUGUAAUGUCAUGUUUAAGUAUUGCUGCUAUCCUUGUUAUUCUUCCCACUGUUUUUAUUGCAGAUUUAUUUUGUGGAAGUUGUACACUAAUGUUUCAUUUUAUGUCUAAAUCAAAGUAUUUAAGGAAAUACUAGUUCUAUUUAAUGUGGUUAUGGAACCAGCUGGAAUAAACAGUGAUUGUAUAGUAGGCUGGACCCAGGAGGUCAUGUUCAUUUUUGUUACAUAUGCAAUAAACUCACAACUUUAAACUCUUGGUAGCUACUGUUUUGUUUGUUAAAAUAUUUGUGGGAAUCAGAGGAAAAGAGAGAACAAAGUA